GAUUUGACAGCUCUAUAUCAAAAUGACAGCUAGCCGAACAAAAAUUACGGCGUGGAUUUAUUGGAAAACUUGGACAAAUCUAUGAAUAAUCGUAUCUCUUCAAUGUUAUUAAAUUAACACUAACGUAGAGUUUUAUACAUUGGUAUAUAGUGGUGGUUUUAAAAAGUUGUUUAUGUUAUUAUGAUGUUUGUAAAUUUAAAAGUUUCCGGACAAAGUUUGUGCGUAUCAUUGUCGUUACCGCGUAAGUCGGGCUUCUGUAUAUUUAAGAAGUUAUAGCGGCAGCCUACCGUGAUUUGUGAGAUGGUGCUGACUGUGGUAAUUAACGGAUCUAAAGAAAAAGUUAUUUGAUCGUGUCUAAUUUUUUAAUUUGAUCGGAGUUUUAAUGAACAUGUAUCCGUCUGCUACGCGGCACCCAGCGGCUGCGGUUCGGGGACCCCAACCGCCUGCUGGUCCGAUUAAAUUUACAAUUGCGGACACAUUAGAACGUAUAAAAGAAGAAUUUAACUUUUUACAAGCUCAAUAUCACACACUUAAACUUGAAUGUGAAAAAUUGGCCAGUGAGAAGACUGAAAUGCAGAGGCAUUAUGUUAUGUAUUAUGAAAUGUCUUAUGGCCUUAAUGUGGAAAUGCACAAGCAGACGGAAAUAGCGAAAAGGCUAAGUGCUAUAAUUGGACAGGUUCUACCCUUCCUCGCCCAAGAACACCAGCAGCAGGUAGCUUCGGCUGUGGAGCGUGCCAAACAGGUGACAAUGUCGGAACUCAAUGCUAUUAUAGGGCAACAACAACAACAUGGCCUGCAGCAACUUCUACAACAGAUCCACGCGACGGCUGGCUUGUCGCACGGCGUGGGGGGCGCGGGCGGCUUGUUGGGGGCGGGGGGGCUAUUGUUCGCUCCCGGCGCCGGCCCGCAGCCGCCCCCGCAUCUACCGCCGCCCGCGCAUAAAGUAGAGCUUCCACCUCCUGCCGACAUCAAACCCCCAGUUCUGCCCGGGGGAUCGGCGUCUUCUCAACUGAUGUCAGGGCAGCCGCCCCCGCGGGACGACGGUCAUUCUUCAAGAUCUAUGCCCUCGAGACGUUCAGUGUCGCCACACGAGAGAGAACAGAAAUACAGGCCCAGGUCUCCAGUUGAGCCCGAAGCUCUGGACGCCAAACGCAGAAAAGAGGAGAAGGUAUUCAGCCAUGUGAGUCUGUGUAGUGACAGCGACGCUGAGAAGAGCGAUCAAGACCUUGUCGUGGACGUGGCCAACGAGGAAGAAAGAGCAUCACCGAAUGCGAGAACAGAGGGAGGGGAGAGAGCAGAGAACGGCCCCAGGCCCCCGUCCAGAUCAGGAUCUUCGUCCAGUAGAUCGACGCCUAAGAGCUCCAAAGAUGAGAAACCUGGUACUCCGGGAGCAAAGUUGCCCCGGGCGCCCACCCCAACCGGUCCCGGACGUGGCUACGGCUUCCCCGGUUACCCUGGCUACAGACCCCCUCAUCCGUAUGAGACGCCGCACCAUAGAACCAAUGGUGUUGCUCCAGCGAAACCCGCGUACUCGUACCACUCGUGCGGCGGCGGGGGGCUGCAGGCGGUGGGGUUCCCGGCGGACGCGCUGUCGGCGGCGGGCGUGCCGCGGGGCGCGCGCGCGGUGGCGGCGCUGGCGCACGGCGAGGUGGUGUGCGCGGUGGCGCUGUCGCUGGGCGGCGGCGCGCGCCACGCCUACACGGGCGGCAAGGGCUGCGUCAAGCUGUGGGACAUCACCAACCCCGGCUCGCCGGCCACGCUCGAGCCGCUGUCGCAGUUGGACUGCUUGCAAAGAGACAACUACAUACGCUCCGUGAAACUCUUGCCCGACGGCCGCACCCUCAUCGUGGGAGGGGAAGCAUCGACACUGUCAAUAUGGGACCUCGGCUCCGGCACUCCGCGGAUGAGGGCCGAGCUCACCUCGUGCGCGCCCGCGUGUUACGCGUUAGCCAUUAGUCCGGAUUCUAAGGUUUGCUUUAGUUGCUGUUCAGAUGGCAACAUAGCUGUAUGGGACCUACAAAAUCAAACACUAGUUAGACAAUUUCAAGGGCACACGGACGGCGCCUCGUGCAUAGACAUCAGCGGCGACGGCACGCGGCUGUGGACGGGCGGCCUCGACAACACGGUGCGCUCGUGGGACCUGCGGGAAGGCAGGCAACUACACCAACACGACUUCUCGAGUCAAAUAUUCUCGCUGGGAUAUUGUUCAACAGGAUCCUGGCUGGCGGUGGGCAUGGAGAAUUCGCACGUCGAAGUACUACAUUCAGGGAAGCCGGACAGGUAUCAGCUGUUGCUGCACGAGUCUUGCGUUUUGUCGUUAAAAUUCGCAACGUGCGGGAAAUGGUUCGUCUCUACAGGGAAAGAUAAUUUGUUGAACGCAUGGCGUACGCCUUACGGAGCUAGUAUAUUUCAGUCUAAAGAAUCAUCAUCGGUGCUCAGUUGUGAUAUAUCAACGGACGAUAAGUUCAUAGUGACGGGAUCGGGCGACAAAAAGGCAACAGUUUAUGAAGUCGUUUAUUAAAUAAAUAAUAUAGUACGGUAAUCUCAGUGAACGUGGUCCAGUGAAGUGAAAUGCAGUUUUAUAGUGAAUGUUGUGGGUCCCUGAUGGUUGGCUGUUGAGUUAUGAAGUGAAAACUGUCGUUUUUUGUGUUGUUCAUUGCUGCUUUAAGCAGAUUAGUUUUUAAAAUGUGUCAAUAAAGUGUCACCAGUGGUUAUUUUAAUAUAGAGGAUCAAGUUGCGGUUAAGUACAAUAAUAUGAGAAUGGAAUAAUUAAAAUUAAAUCGUGCAAUAGAAAAGUUUUGGGUGUUAUUAGAAAAAAUAAAUAAACGAACGUUAUUGUGAAAAAUAUAAAAUGUGGAUCUUGUGUAUAUGUAUACAGGUUUGGUCAGUUUAAUUUACAAAUCAAUAUCUUUGUUUGAAACCAAUAUAAGAUGUGAGAACUGACAGGUUCAUAAAUACUUAAAAGCAUUUCGAUGCCUCCGAUGAACACUACUCUAACUCAAAAUUUUGAAAUUUUCGUUUUUCCCACAAAUUGCUUCACUAUGCUAAAAGUAUAUAUUACAAUUAAUCAUUAUUGAUGGGGUUCGAAGCAAGAGUAAAUCAGCUAGUUACACAAAAAAACCAUAAAUAUAUCUGCAAUAAUAAAGAUUUUAUCAACUUUUUUCGUAUAAACGCUCCUCCUGUAAAUCUACGAAUUUGGAGUUAGCGUAGUGUUCAUUGGAGUCAUCGAUUUGAACAGUAUUAAAUUAUUUAUAUACUUCAGAGUAACUAUUGUUCAAAAUAGAUAAAAUGUAACAUACAUAAAUAAUUGAGUUGACAAAGCUAAUUCUAUAACCAUAACUUCAAUUUAUAACAUUUUGUAACAGUACUGUGAUCCUGUGUUGAAUUGAUAUUAAUGAAAUAGUUAUUUCACUAACAAAAAUUCAACAGUCAACCAUAGAAAUGUAAUUAUCUAUGUGUAUUUUUUUUAAAUGUAAUACUUAAUAUAGAUCAAUGUUGAAAGGUUGAACAUGGAUAUUUUUAGUGUUAUUAUUAAAAUAUAAUAAUAUUUUUGUAAAAGAAACGAAGAAGAAAACGUUAUUAUUUGAAUAAUUUUGAAGGUUCGUGGUUUCAGUUCCAUUUUAUGGUCAUGUUAAUGUUUUUGUUCAGUUAUCGUUCAGAAGAAAAUUGCUUUAUGAAUUAUUUAAUUAAUUAAACGAUAACAGUUUGGUUGAACAUUGACUAUUGAACUCGUCCGGUGUUAGUACAUGCAGUAAUUAUACAUUUUAAGGCUAUUACAAGAUGAUUAAUGAAAAAAAAAAUUACAUCACAAAGAUUUUUUUUUAUUUGAAUAAAUAAAACAAGAGCUGACUUAGAUCAGUUAAAUAUGUAAUAUCAUUUUAAAUUAAAGCUAUUUUUAAAUAGAAACUUAAGAAUUGAAAAUUUAGCCAUCACAACAUACCUAAGAGUUGUUCUCAACUUCGUUUAAAAUUCACUUAUCAUUAUUUCAGUAUUGGCGAUAAGAUAAUGCUUAAAAAUAUCUUAGUAAAUUUUAAAUUGAAACUUCCAACUAUUACCCUCAAAUAGUACAUUGUUCAAACAUUCUGUUAUAAUGAAUAACAUACAUUUUUAUCAAAAAAAUAAUCAAUUAAACUAAUUGUUUUUGAACGAUAUGGAACAUCAAUUAAGGUUUUCAAUCAACACGAUUAUUUUUAUAUUUUUAAAAACAAAUUUAGUCAUAAAAAUUUUACAAAAGAAAAGCAAAUAAAUUGUACUUCAGAGGUAAAGCGUAAAGUUAGUUUUGUAAGACAAGUUUACAUAAGUGAAUGGCGAAGUGAAACUGUCUCACUUGUGGAAUUGUAUUAUUAUUAUUAUUAUUUAUUGCCGUUAUACAUGGACUAGCCCAUGGCUCACGCGAUGGUAAGUAGUGACCACCACUUUAGCGGAUCAGCAUUGCCAAGGGGGCUGUUAAGCCACUGGCUACUCGUAUAUGAAUAUACUCGGACAAUGAGUCCACGUGCAUAUCGUUAAACAGUUCAACCUUGUACCAGUGAGACAGAGAGACGGCUCAAAUGGGCUGAUCCAAUUUGGUGGUAGGGCUUCUUGUGAGUCCGCACGGGUAGGUACCACCACCCCGCCUAUUUUUGCCGUGAAGCAGUAAUGUGUUUCGGCUUGAAGGGUGGGGCAGCCGUUGUAACUAUACUGAGAUCUUAGAACUCAUAUCUCAAGGUGGGUGGCAGCAUUUACAUUGAAGUUGUCUAUGGGCUCCAGUAACCACUUAAAGCCAGGUGGGCUGUGAGCUCGUCCAACCAGAUAGCAAUUAAAAAAAAUCAAGGCAAUGGAAAUUAUUGUAUUUGAUUUAUUUAUUGCAUCAUUGGGUGAGCGGGUGUCAUAGCCCUCUUGGUGAAUUCUGUAACCCUGAAGACAUGAGGCUGUAGUCCUUUCAUUGUAUAAUGGCGAUUCCAUCCUAGAAACCAGAACGUAUGACUUUUCCGCAGCAGAAAUAGACCAGAUGAUAGUAGCGUACAUACGCUGUGUACAUUUACAAUUAAUUAGGCACUUACAUUACUACACUGCAUGUAAAUGUCUGUUAGCGAUCGUAGUAUGCUGCUAUAAUACUCAGAGCACUAUGCAGUCCAUUCUUUGCCGAAUCUUUUAAUCGUCUUUUACCACAUCCCCAAAAGAGAUGAGGUGGCGCUAAUCUAGACAACACACAGUCAACUUUCCUAUACCACAGUACCAUGAUACCCCACAUCUAAGAAAUACCUUUGGUAUCCGCGUUCAAGUUUUACUUGUUGAGAUAGUUUUUAGUAAUUAUGUUUUAAAAUUUUAUAUCAUAGAUUGGCUGUUAACUUUAUAUUUAUUUCACAGGCUAUUUGAAGUAGCGUAGGCGACUAACGCUCAGCGCUGUAGAACAUACAUACUUAAAGACAAGGUUGUGACGAUAAUUUUUAGCUUUAGUAUUGUUUAAAACAGGGUUGUGCAGACUAUGGCUCGCCGGCCGCUUGCGGCCCGCGAGCAAUUUUUUAAUCAGAAAAUAGUUUUGGAUACAGUAGUUUGGUUAUUAGAAUUCGUUGCCAAAAUUUAUAAUCAAAAUUUGGUAUAAUUUAUCUUUAUUCUUGUAACACUCCAUUCUCAUGACAGUGAAGCUGUGAAUUGGGAAGUCUUUUGUCUUGGAAAAAAAAAAUCUGCCUUCGGCUUUUGUAAGUCUUUUAUUUUGGAAAAUAUUUUUUUCUGCCUUCAGCUUUUGUAGUUAGUAAAUUUAAUUAGCCCGCAAAGGUAUGUAGUUUGGACAACCCUGCCUUAAAACAUUAAUAUAUGUAAUAUACUUCAAGCGUCAUCCAGAAGUAGCUAUGGAUAAACUUGUACAGCAGCUGUAAGUUCCAAGAUGUGCAUGUGGUAUUGACAAUGUGCUAGAUUCUUGUUUCGAAUGUCUCAUCUCUUCUAUAAUGGUAGUUUCAAAAUUUUUUUUUUAAAACACUUGUCUCUGUAGCUUUACUAUAAAAUUCACUAAGCUUACAUACCUAUUUUCAUAGGUGUUAUAUAAAUAUCAAAACUGUGUAACUACCUUUUACCUCUGAAACACUGCGGUAAUGUAUUAUUUAAAUAUAUCGACGCUUGAAAGGCAAACGUGACUAAGCGACAAUGCGUGAACUUUACAGUAGACUAAUUUAAAGUUGAAAUUAAUUUAAAAUAUACAUAAGAAAUACCUGAAAAAAAAUCUAUUAUAACGAAUCUAGCUGUAGGGUUGAAAUGAUUUUAAUAGAUCUAGAAAUAUAUAUUUUUUGCGCAUCGAAUAUGGUUAUUGCCUAUCACUUCUGUACAAAGCAGUUAUUGUCGCUUAGUCACGUUUGCCUUUCGAGCGUCGAUAUAUAUUUAUACGCUGUCGUCGAUUACGAUGUUUAUUUAUGGCUAUAAUGUUGUUAUUCGUGCUGUUACGAGUAAUUUGAUGUAAAGUUAUUAAAAAUAUUGUUGUUCUAUGUAUAAUGCAAUAUGAAGGGCCGAUUUAUUGAACUGUCAUACCAGCUUUUAGAUUUAUUAACAGAUCGAAGGUGAGCAUGAUGCCAACCUUCAAAAAGGGAAUACUUUCACGGUGCUAACAAUCCAACGCCUUUAGUGAUCACGGCAAACCUAUCAUCGGAAGUUUAUUAUAUUUCUAUAUCAUAAAAAUUCAACAUCAGACUGAAAAUGGAAUAUCUAAAGCGUAUCAAUGCAUAUAUACAUGUGAUGUCAAUUUUAAAGAAUUGAAUAUUUAUGUGGGUGUUCGAAAAACGCACAACGGCACACAGUGGGUCGAUACUAUGA